AUGAGUACAUCGAUCACUAAUCCAGACAACUACACACUACGGGACACACUACUCAUAUCACAACUUCUUCAUAUUAACAAAAUUGCUACAAUUGAAGACUUGGAAAAGACCGAUCCCAAACUAAUAACUAAAAUUCUUGACGAGUGGAAAAACCACAUCUCAACCCGACUAGAAGAGAAGAUUAUCAAAAUCAACACAUUGAACCAGUUGAAGGAUUUGUAUAAAAGAUUUCUUGCGAAAUAUGGCGUUGGAGACACCGAAAGUUUAGCCAAUGUGGUUUAUUUCAAACGGAUCGAAGAGUUGAAAAAAGUGAUUGAAGAAAAGAAAAUCGAGUUCAAAACAGUAUUGAACCAGGAAAAGGAGAAAGAGGUAGAGGAGUAA